UUAAAUGUAUUACGAUUAUCGCUUCCUUAUCGAGUUCUGGUGUAUCGUUUUCUAUUACAAUAUAUUCCUACAGACAAUAAUCGAUAGAUUAGUGCGUUACACACUGUUAGGUUUGGCCGACAUGUUCGAUUUGGAUGUCGACGACGAUUUGUGAUAUGGUGUAACUUGUUAUCGACUUAUUUAUUCAACCUGUGAUAUUAGUGGUAAUAGUUAAUUAAUUAUUGUAUUGUACCAUGUCUGAAAAGUCCGGAGUGAUCACUAUACACCAUAUGCGCCUACACCGGUGUGAGGGGUGCCUUGCGGCGUGCGGGCGGGAGGGCCGCGCGGCGCCGCUUCCUGUUCUUACUAGGAACAAGUUACUGAAACGAGCGAGACGUACACCUUACUCAUCUCCGAUGAGCAAGCAGACCUCCAACAUGGUGGAGCCGGCGCCCCCGACGCCACCAGACAACGAUGCCCCACCAAUGCCAUGGUUCGGAAUGGACAUCGGCGGUACUCUGACCAAGCUGGUGUACUUCGAACCUCGGGAGAACAAUAGAAGGGAACUGGACAAGGAGACGGAGGUGCUGAAGAAUAUCAGGCGAUACCUGACGAGGAAUUCUGCGUAUGGCAAGACUGGGCGGCGUGAUGUACAUUUGCAGAUGGACAACGUCACAAUCCGUGGUCGCCGCGGUACGCUCCACUUCAUCCGGUUCCCCACGUCGGAGGUGGGCGCGUUCCUGCAGCUGGCCCGCUCUAAGGGCAUGGCCGAUCUAGUGAAGACCAUAUACGCUACCGGCGGAGGUGCUUACAAGUUCGAAGAGGACUUCAUAAAGGAGGUGAACAUGAGGCUCUCCAAGAUGGACGAAUUGGACGCUCUGAUCGCCGGCGUACUGUUCUCAGACAGUAUGAACUCGCACGAGUGCUACUACUGGGCGCCGCCGGAUGAACUGCCGGUGCACCACUCUGCGGCAGAUUCGCCACCGUACUCUGAGGCAGCCCUCAGUAUGUACGUCCGGAAGCCGUUCGACUUCUCCAGCCCGUACCCGUUCCUGCUGGUGAACAUCGGCAGCGGGGUCUCCAUGCUGGUGGUGAAUGCCCCGGAUGAUUACUACCGCGUCAGUGGAACCAGUUUGGGUGGCGGCACCUUCCUGGGUCUGUGCUGCCUGCUGACCGGCUGCAGCAGCUUCGAGGAGGCCAUCUCCCUCGCGGCCUCCGGGGACAACACCACCGUCGACAAGCUGGUCCGGGACAUAUACGGCGGGGACUACGCGAGGUUCGGGCUGCCCGGGGAUCUGGUCGCUAGCAGUUUCGGGCACAUGUGCUCAGCUGAUCGGAGAGCCAAGGUGUCCAGGGAGGACCUGGCUCGGGCGACUCUUGUGACCAUCACCAACAACAUCGGUUCCAUCGCCAGACUGUGUGCCUGCAAUGAGAAUAUCGAAAGGGUGGUGUUUUGUGGUAACUUCCUGCGUGUGAACCCGCUAUCCAUGAAGCUGCUCUCGUAUGCUAUGUCCUACUGGUCCCGGGGCGCGCUGAAGGCACUCUUCUUGGAGCAUGAGGGUUACUUCGGCGCAGUGGGAUGCCUCCUGAAUCUGGAUAUGAAGCGACAGAAGAAACAAAACGCCGCGAGGAAUUCCAGCGGAUCCGAUGAGCAGAGAUGAGUCACUCAUUGUAACGGUCUGAGUCAUCCCAACAGGGAUGCUGUAUGUAGGAGAUAGUGCGUUAUAUAGGUAUACUAUGACGGUCAACGGUGGGUAACAGAACUGUUGAGGUCAUUUAAACAAACUACGUUUUAUAAGAACUAGCUCUGCCCGCGUUUAAUUUAUAACCUACCAGCUUUUACGUGCUUCGCUCGCAUUGA